GAGUGAGACAUCUGUUCACUCUUGCAACUCCAAAAUUCCUCCUCCUUCUACACAAAAUACCCAUUCAGAUACGACGUGGUCAACGGUGGAAAAUAAUAGCUUCGCAAAAAUGCAGACCUUAGGGCUAUUUGCAAUAAUUCUUACACUGUACAUCGUCCAUGCAACUGAGUACUUCCGAGAACAAUUCCUUGAUGGUGAUGAAUGGAGAAGUCGUUGGGUAAACUCCAAGCACAAGUCUGACUACGGAGAGUGGAAACUAACCGCAGGAGACUUUUAUGGAGAUGCUGCGACGGACAAGGUGAUUAACACAAGCCAGGAUGCGCGCUUCUAUGCAGCCUCAGCCCGGUUUGAGCCCUUUAGCAAUGAGGGCAAGACUCUUAUCAUCCAGUUCACAGUCAAGCAUGAGCAGAAGAUAGACUGUGGGGGUGGAUACGUGAAGGUCUUCCCCUCAACACUGGAUCAGACUGCAAUGCAUGGAGAUUCUCAGUAUUACAUCAUGUUUGGCCCUGACAUCUGCGGCUACAGCACCAAAAAGGUCCAUGUCAUCUUCAACUACAAGGGCGUUAAUCACCUCAUCAAGAAGGAGAUCAAGUGCAAGGACGACGAGCUGACACAUCUGUACACCCUGAUCCUGAACCCGGAUCAGACCUAUGAGGUGAGGAUCGACAACGAGAAGGUGGAGUCUGGCACUCUGGAGGAGGACUGGGACUUCCUGCCAUCCAAGAAGGUCAAGGACCCAGAGGCCAAGAAACCCGAGGACUGGGACGACCGCGCCAAGAUCGACGACGCCGAAGACGUGAAGCCAGAGGACUGGGACAAAGCAGAAAACAUCCCUGACCCCGAUGCCAAAAAGCCAGAGGAUUGGGACGUGGACAUGGAUGGAGAAUGGGAGCCGGCCAUGAUCCCCAACCCCGAAUACAAGGGAGAAUGGAAACCCAAGCAGGUGGACAAUCCCGACUACAAAGGAGCGUGGGUGCACCCCGAGAUCGACAAUCCCGAGUACAGCGCUGAUGCAGCCAUUUACAAGUUUGACGACAUUGGAAUCCUGGGCCUGGACCUGUGGCAGGUCAAAUCUGGCACCAUUUUCGACAACUUCCAGAUCACAGAUGAUAUCAAGGAGGCAGAAGACUUUGCCACCGAGACAUGGGGAGCCACAAAGGAACCAGAGAAGAAGAUGAAACAAGACCAGGAUGAGCUGAAGCGGAAGGAGGAGGACGAGAAGACCAAGGAGCAGGACGCUGAGGCCGAAGACGAAGCCGACAACGACAUCGACGACGGCGAUGACGAGGACAAGGAGGAGGACGAGGAAGACGAGGAGGACGGCCUUUCGGAAGCGGACGAGGAUGAGGCUGUCGCUAAAGAUGAGCUAUAAGAGAGCCAGGACAGAAGAUGGCCCUGUUGCACUGUCCUUUUUUUUUUUUUUUUUUUAAUGUUUUUUUAUUUGUCAGGGAGUACUGUGGCUGCCAUGCAUCCACCUCCCCCUGAGAGCUGGACAUGGCCCAACUUGGGUGGUAAUUGUGCGUUAACUAGACUCACUGCUCCAUCCUUUUCUAAUCCAUUCUCGAAAAAUGAGCCGGCUUGCAUCUGAAUUGUUCUCAAUAUCCUAAUUUAUCAAUCGAAACUGUCUUGCGCCCUAAUCAGAAUACCUUGAUGUUAAAACGGGAAGAUCUAAAUCCAGUCAUUGAUUGAAUGCAUUUGCCCAUGGAAACGAUCUGCUGUAACGCCGUACUUCCACAUCUCGCGAUUGUUUGAAAGUUAAACCAAUAAACUGAAUGAUUUCAUCUUCAAUUUUUAAACUAACCAUAGGAAAUGAUUCUGUUGGCAAAUGUAGAACAGGAUCACACAUUGAGACUAGUGUUUGAAUGUAUCUUCUGUGUUACUCCUGUGCAUUUUGCCAUUUCCCCCCCACCCACAUAUACUCCACCUUUCCGUGCCGUUGACCCUACAGUACACAUUUCUUUUGAGUGUUCCAAAGUUUACCAUUCAUACCAUUAGCAUUCUGCACUUUGUAGUGGUGCACAUUAAAGUUGCCUUGUUAUAAAGUGUAUGGAAUUCCAAA